AGCAGCACCCCCCUCCCUCCCUCCAAUUCCUUCGUCUCUCUCUCUCUCUCUCUCUCUCUCUCUCUCCGCCUUCCCAAUACUGUAUAAACUUUUUCCCGUCUCUCUCUCUCUUUCCAAAUUCCGUUAUUUUCUCCCUAAAUCUAUACGACCUCAAAUCUAGAGACCGAGAAAGAAAAAGAGAAAAUCUCUCUGUUUCCGUACCUCCCAAAAUUUUAAUGGAUACAUGGUCCUUGGAUUCAACUCAAUUUCGCUGCCUUCUUUCAAUUCAAUCUCACCCCUUCGAUUUCUUCUUCUGCAAAUCUUUUCACCCUCUGAUUCCUACUCAUCCACCUACUUUCAUUUGAUCUACGCAACCUCACCAAUGGGAAAGCGUAGUUCUCAACGUAAGAAUGCUGCGAUGUUGGAUACCGAAGAUAUUGAUGGUGCGAGUUCGUGGUCGAGUGACCAAUCAAAUAACAUGGAGAUGUUCGGCACUGAAGAGGUGCAGCUGGUUAAAGAGAGUUUACUUGAUCAAUGCUUAGAUGCCUUAUACGAGAAAAGGGGGUCAACAAGAGAGAAGGCUUUGGUAGCAAUUAUAGAGGCUUUUAAUAGCAACUUGCAGCACGAGUUUGUCGAAAAGAAGUUUGUUACCUUACUGCAUCAGUGUCUGAAUUCAAUAAAGCGGGGGUCUGUGAAUGAGAUAUCUUUAGCAUCUCGUGUCAUUGGAUUGUUGGCUCUGACCACUGGUCCUGGGGACAAAGCACAAGAAAUAUUGGAAGACUCAGUCCCCCCUAUUUCACAGGCUCUAAAAUCCGGGUCUGUGGCAUCCAAGACAUCAUCAUUACUGGAGUGUUUGGCUAUUGUUACCUUUGUCGGUGGAACUGAGCCAGAGGAAACAGAAAAAGCAAUGCAAAUAAUGUGGCAAGUGGUUCAUCCAAAACAGGGCUCCAAUGUAGUUGCCACUAAACCUUCAUCAUCUGUAAUAAUGACAAUGGUGUCUGCUUGGUCAUUUCUGCUUACAACUAUGGAUGGUUGGACACUUGAUCCUAAAAACUGGCAAGAGUCGAUUUCUUAUUUUUCUACUCUGCUAGAAAAGGAUGAUAGAUCUAUACGCAUUACAGCUGGUGAAGCACUUGCUUUAAUUUUUGAGAUAGGAGAUUUGGAGAAGCUCUCUGGUGAAGCCAAAGCAUUUUGUGACAGCUCCAUUCAUGAAAGGAAUGUUUGUCGGAUGUUUGCCAAUAUACAGGGAUUGCGGGGGAAAAUCCUAAAUCAAGUAAGAAACCUUUCCAUGGAGGCAGGUGGUAAAGGAUCUAAUAAGAAAGAUCUUAACAGUCAGCGGAACUUGUUCCAGGACAUUCUUCAUUUUCUUGAGUCUGGCUAUCCUCCAGAAACCUCAAUGAAGAUUGGAGGUGUCCCACUUAACACAACGUUGUGGUCUCAAUUGAUACAGCUAAACUUUUUAAAGCGCCUUAUUGGGGGAGGUUUCAUAAAACACAUGCAGGAAAAUGAAUUUCUCUACAAUUUAUUUGGGUUUACACCGCAGAGAACGCAGCUUUUAGGAAAUGAACAUCAUAUGUCUAGUUUUGACAAGAGGUUCUACAAGUCACCUAACUCAGUCGUGAACAAGGCAAGGACUCAAAUUAGGAACAAGCAACGAAUUUUGUCCCAGGGUAGGAACACUGGACACUAUACAGUUGGUUUAGUUGAAGAGUUGGUCUUUUAGAUCAUGUAACAGGCUAACAGCCACAUCCGAAGCUUUUUGAAAUUUCACCUUUUAACAUUAUUGUUAUCCCAGACAAUCAUCAGACAGGAAGCAUUUUUCAAUUAGUGACAGUGUUGAGCACACAAAUUGUUUCAGUUGUAAUUUGUCAAAAUUAUAUUCUUUAUACAUCCGAAGUGUUAUUUUGAGCAUUAAUAAAAUAACUUUGAAUUUGGUUUGGUUUG